GCAGCCUUAUAAAGGAAGCUGCGUCUCCAUCCUCUCCAUCGGCUGCUCCCGGCACCGCGAAGCCUCUGUUGCUUCUCCCGGUUCCCCUCCUCCCCAGCCCGGACAUCAUUUCAUCUAUAUAAGGCAGAAUCCUCGCUUGCCGUCCUCUUCUCUCCGUCCCCAGCCCCGCGUCCCCCGGCUGGGCUGCUGCCACCCGCACAGCUCGGCAUUCUUUCGCCUUGUAUGGCCAAAUCCUUUGGGGUGGGAGGGAACCGUUUGGGGAAAGUCUCGGCUCCAUUGGCCGCCUCGUCCGCCCGAUCCCGCUCUUUCCAGACCAGGGCGAUUGAAAACAACACAGCUAGAAGUCGCAUCUUCUCUGCGGGGAUCGCGGGGGGAAGCGCUUUUCUCUGCCGGCUUGGGACAAGUUUCUGUGUGACAGGGAAGAAUCCUACAGAUGAGUACCUGGAGGGCAUGAUGAGUGAGGCACCUGGGCCCAUCAACUUCACCAUGUUCCUCACCAUGUUUGGAGAGAAGCUGAAUGGAACUGAUCCGGAAGACGUCAUCCGCAAUGCUUUUGCUUGCUUUGAUGAGGAAGCCACAGGUUUCAUUCAUGAAGACCACCUGCGGGAACUGCUCACCACCAUGGGUGACCGGUUCACGGACGAAGAAGUGGAUGAGAUGUAUCGAGAGGCCCCCAUUGACAAGAAAGGCAACUUCAACUAUGUGGAGUUCACCCGCAUCCUGAAGCAUGGAGCCAAAGACAAAGAUGAUUAAAACUAAGAGAUUCCGAUA